ACUGUCAUGCAAGAAUUAAGUACAAAAUGACGCUACUCACCAACGAAAUUCCUCAGCAAAUAUUUCCGUUUUUACAGUUUAUUUGCCUAAUUUUCAAGUGAAAUUCAUUAGAGUUUGGAAAAUUAGAAUACAGUGUAGUGGAUGAAUGUGAAAUUGUGCUUUACAGACGAACAGAAUGAGUAUAAAUGGCAAGAUGAGCCUGGGCGAACGAAUAGAGGAUUACCGGAUUCUCGAGCCACUGGGCAAAGGUGGCUUUGCUCAGGUGUACAAGGCACUAUGUCUAACAACGGGUAUCUUUGUGGCGAUCAAAAUGAUCGACAAGAGGGUGAUGCUGGAGAGAAAUAUGGAGAAACGAGUACGUCAGGAAGUGAUUAUACAUUCUCAGCUGAAGCAUCCGUCUAUCCUGGAGCUGUAUGCGUUCUUUGAGGAUGAGAAUUGUGUGUAUUUGGUGUUGGAAUUGGCAAGGCACGGAGAGCUGCAGCGUUUCCUGCGGAAUCUGGGACGCACCAUGUCCGAGACGGAAGCUGCUGGGGUGAUGAAGCAAGUAGUGGCUGGUCUACUGUAUCUCCAUUCCCAUCGAAUCAUCCACCGGGAUCUGUCGCUGUCUAAUCUUCUUCUGAUGGACGACAGACAUGUGAAGAUUGCAGAUUUUGGCCUGGCCAUUCAGCUAGUGGCUCCGGAUGAGCGACAUGUCACCCUGUGUGGCACUCCCAACUACAUGUCACCGGAAGUGGCUUCUAGAUCCUCCCAUGGACCUCCGGCAGAUGUCUGGAGCGUAGGAUGUAUGCUUUACACUCUCCUGGUGGGUCGACCGCCCUUUGCUACCCCAGCCACCACCAUGACACUCAACAAAGUGGUAACAUCUCCCUGCCAGAUGCCCAAUUAUCUCUCUCCCGAAGCCACAGAUCUCCUAAAUCGGCUCCUGCAGAAGGAUCCCAGCGAUAGGAUUGCCCUGGAUGCCAUACCUGAGCACCCAUUCAUGCUGAAAACCCACCCUCUGGCCAGUCUCUUCCAGCAAUCCGUUGACAGUGGCUUUGCUAACACCUCAGACAGCCAGAAAUCCACAAAUCGUCCCCGGAAAUCUCCCUAUACUCCCUCCCCACGGAAAACCCACCAAAACCCCCUCGAGGCCACUCAAAGUGCCCCCACAGAGGGUAUUUCUGGGCGUCUCUGUGGUCUAACUCAUACCCAAGGUGGCUCCCUGGAACUCCUGCCCACCGGAAAGGGCGUUCUGUCUGAUCUCGAAAGGUGGCGAAGCACCCCAGAAAAAUCCCUCGAUGUCCAACUUCUCAAUACCAAACGCCUUCAAGCCACGAGGCACAGCACAAAGAGUGUCAUCUUCCAUAUCCUGAAGAGUGGCGAGGUGACAGUGGAAUUCAUCCGGACGCGAACUCUGGGAGAAUGCGUGACGCAAGUGUGUCGGAUUUCAGGCGACGGAGCAAGGAUUGUAGUGUAUCAGCCUCAGGGAGGAUCAGCACCAGUUCGAGAAGAGCCACCGGAUAUUCCGCCCAGUGGACCAGAUGGCGUCUUCACUCACAGCAAUCUUCCGGAGAUUCACUGGAAGAAGUACAGAUAUGCCGCACGUUUUGUUGAUCUUGUUCGUGCUAAGACCCCUAAAGUCACAUACUACAGUCCCCAAGCUAAGUGUCAGCUAAUGGAGACACUGAUGGACUUUGAGGCAAUGUUUUACAAUGGAAGCUGCGUGACACGCAGCGGAGGCGACAGCGUGAGAAUUAAGACUGCCUCAGGGACCGUUAUAACGGAGAAAGGGGGCGAGUUGGGGGAGACGGAAAAGUGGAUGUGGGAGCACUGCGAAGAGUGCUUUCGGCAUUGCCUAGAACUCGAGCGGAUACUGCAGACAGUGGCUACUGGAGAGUGUUUUCCAGUUGUUGUCGGCAGGCGUCCCACAAAUUCAUCCAAAGACAGCCCAUCGUUGCCCAGAACACCAAAUCUUAGCAGUUUGUCUUCAUUUGCAAUGGGGAUGAGUUCGUCGUCUCAGCGACAUCCGCAGGCGCUGAGAACCAUUCAGAAUUGGCAGAAUGUCCAGGAGAAACAGGGAGGAGGGGAUUUUGAGGGAUUUCAGGUGGUUGGGGAGACACAGCCGUUCGAUAGGUAUCAUCAAAAUUCACAAGGAAUAAGGCAGAUAAGGCCACAUUACAUGGAGAAUUCCGAUCAAACGCCACUCUCUUCGAGACCAAUGAGGCUGAUGCGAUGAGUAAAGGUUUUAAUUUAGUUAAAUUAAUUAAUUUUAUCUUUUUGGCACACAAUUAUUCAACUGAGAUAUUUUGUAAUGAUCUUCUACACCAAGAAUAUAAUUAUAUUUAAAAAAAAAACUCAAGCUUAUGCCCAUUCAAUUCACAAUGUUCAUAUUAAUUUAUUUCAUCAAAUGAAACAAAAAUAAAUCGCAAUUAGUACAACGGCAAUUGUAAAUAAUUCCUCUUUAGUUUGCAAUUUUUUUUGAGAGUGGCUAAUUUUAUAUUUAAAAAUAAAAGACAAUAAAGAAGGUAAUAAAUCCCUGUGUAUUUAAAAAUAUUUUCUGUGCUUUUUUAUAAUUUCAAUAUUAGAUUAAAAGAGUAAUUAAAAAAUAAAAAAUAUUUUAAGAGUA